AUGCGGUUCCCCGGCCUCUUCAGCGUCCUCGGCCUGCUGGCCCUCACCGCCGCCACUGACUUCCAGACCGUCCGCAACGACAUCGCCAACAUCAGCGCCCUCCUGAAGGGCCUCGACGCCAGCGCCAAGGGCAUCCAACCGGGCUCGCUGGGCAUCGCGCGCUCGCUGCAGCUCGAGGUCGACUCCGUGCGCGUCCACCAGCUUCUCCUCUCCACCAUGCGCGACACGCAGGCCGCGCCGCCCUUUGCCGACCACUCCAUCGACGUCGGCGGCGACUUUCUCAACAUGCAGCCGGUCAUCGAGGGCGUGCUGUCGACGCUGGCGGGCCUCAAGGGCAACCUGGGCCAGCUGCGCCUGGUGGUGCUGGCGUGCCUGUACCAGCUGCGGCAGGACGCGGACGCGCUAGGCAGGGAGGUGGCGGGGAAGCUGAGCGCGGACUUUCAGGACGUGACGAAGCAGGUGCUGGGGCAGAUUGACGAUUCGUUCAAUCAAGCCAUCGCGGCGUAUGGCGGCAAGAGUAAGUAG